AAGACACAAAUUUCAUCGCAAAAUGGACGUGAGAUGUACCUAUGUCGAAGCGUCUCAUCGAGGCGAGCACAUGCAUCUUUCGCCAGGCUGAGAUGGUCCGCCAGUGACUUCCGAUGGCUUCGAACUCCUCAUCCAAGAAGAGCAAACUUCCACUCCACGAGCAGACAUCGAGACGACUCCGGCCGUGUAUCAUCACUCUUGGCUGAUACUCUACCGUCAUAUCUCGUUCCUCCGGUCGUCUUCACUGGCUUACUGGUGGCACUAUGGACCUACAAAGCCUUCAUGACGGUCAUCGGCCAGAACAAGAUCAUCUAUAUGCCGUACAUGCCACCUUUCACCCGCAGUGAGGAGAUGGCGGACUACACGAACCUGUGCAAACCGGUCGAGUGGCGGCAUGGGAAGAUUCGGUCGCUCGAUGGUACCAAGUUGUCUAUCUGUGUCGGUGAGAUUCCUCCGGCAGUUCAAGGACCGGCUGCGGUCGCGAGGAGAAAAUCGAGACACAUUGUGAUUGUGCACUUCCAUGGAAAUGGUGGGUCUCUGCCGCCACGUCUGCCGCUCAUGUCGAGAUUCUUGAAGGCCAUCCGGCAACAGGCCGACACCGCCGGUGCGGGAGUGAAGUUGACAAUGGUCGCUCUGUCACCGAGAGGCUAUUGGAAGUCGUCAGGCCGUGCUUCGCAGAAGGGCAUUGAACGGGAUGCCCAAGCCCUGCUGCGCUGGAUCCCGAGCCAUCUGAAGUUCGAUGAUGAAUGCGAAUUGGAACUCAUACUCUGGGGACAAUCGCUCGGCGCUGGCGUUGCGACAACAGCUACUGCAACAUAUUUGACCGAGGCUCACAGCACUGCCUCAAUGCCUACCAUUCUGGGAUUGCUCCUCGAAACCCCGUUCACAAGUAUCGAGUCAAUGCUUUUGACUCUCUACCCGCAGAAAUGGCUGCCUUAUCGACACUUGCAUCCGUUCCUCUGGAACCACUGGGACAGUAGGCAGGCACUAGCGACGAUCGGAAAACACUUCACUUCGCCAGGCAAAGCUUCAAAGGCACCCAAAGUGCUUCUCAUGAUCGCGGAGAAGGACGAGGUUGUACCAGCCGAGGAAGGAAAGAAACUCGAAGAGGCAUGCGAGCAGGCAGGGCUUGAUUGGCAGCGGAAGGAUGCGGCAGGAGCAUUGCAUGUCGACGCUCUGGCGAAGAGUCAGGGCAGAGAUCAAGCCGUGCAAUGGAUUCUUGAAGUCGUGGAAGCAAAACGGGUGUCGAACACAGGCUCGUGA